AUGGGGGUUUAUGAAGAGGCGAAGAUUCGUCUUAAUGACAUUCAAAACCGAAUCAAUAGGGUACGUGCAGCUGGAGUUGCAUUAGAAAAUGAACCGACCAAUAAGACUUCAUUAACAAAGUUCCGGAUGAUGUAUGCUACCGUCCAACGUUUGCAAGAGGAGUUCGAAGUUCAAAUGUCAGUUAUUAUCAAGCAACUCGGAAAACCUGACAAAGAGCAAAAACCGGAAGACAAAGUAUGCUCACCCGAUGAACUUCGUGAAAAAUUCGAAGAGUCGUAUUUUAGUAUCAUGAUCGUGGCCGACGAACACGUACCUGCAAAGCUUUUAGGGCAAAAUGCAGAUGAGACAUUUAUUGAUCUUAAUAGCUCAAGGAAGAAUACACAUAACUUUAUACCUUUGGAAAAAUUGUCCAUCCCACGUUUUACGGGCGACCCUAAGCAAUAUAUGGGUUUUCGUAACACGUUUGAUACGGUCGUAAAUGAUAAUUUAUUUCUUCAACCGGUCGUUAAGUUCUCUUAUUUAAAAUCAUAUUUAGAAGGGGAACCGUUGAAUCUGAUUAACAACUUAAUGCUAAGUAACGACAAUUACUUUUUAGCAUUGAAAAUACUGAAUAAUCGCUAUUCAAAUCGUCGUGUAAUUGCUGAGAGUCAUUUCAAGCAACUAUGGGAGAUGAAAAAGGCAGUAUUCAAUGAUGAAAAGUCUAUUAGACAAUUGUUAAACCAUAUAUCAGAGUCAACUGGUGCAUUAAAAAAUUUAAAGUAUGCCACGGAUCUAUGGGAUCCGAUACUACUGCAUCUGUUUCAACAAAAGUUGGAUGGACAACUACGAGCACAGUGGGAACUGCUUGUAGACACCAAUGAGGAUCCAAGCGUUACCGAAUUUAUAACAUUCCUAACUAAGUUCUGUAAUGCAGCAUCAGCAGGAAGUCAAUCUGAAGGAGGGCGGGAAAAGUCAAAACCCACUUCCCAAACCAGGACUACUGCGUUACAUAUAGUGCAAUCAAAUCAAAAACCGACUACGACAGUGAGAAAAGUAAAGUACGAAAAAGGAAGUAACUAUUCGUGCCAGGUGUGCCAAGCGAGGCCUGGACACUUGCUAAUUGCGUGCCCAGUCUUCAAAGAGAAGACACCUAAGGACCGACAUCAAAUCAUAAAAGAGCUGAACCGCUGUUACUUAUGUUUUAGUGAACAUAGAAUAACUCAAUGUAGUAAUACUAGGGUGUGUUCAGAAUGUGGCGGACGCCACCAUUCGUUGUUACAUUUAAGAACCACGGAGAGUGAAGAGCAACCGGUGACCGCAAACACGACCAUGCUUUCAGCUGCUAAUGAGAGACCUGACCGCUGCCGUGUGCUUUUGUCGACCGUAGCUAUUCUGGUUCAAGAUGUUAAUGGUGAUUACCAAGAGUUUUGA